GCCGAUGGCGCCCAGAAGCGGCUCUCGGUGGAGCGCAUCUACCAGAAGAAGUCGCAGCUGGAGCACAUCCUGCUGCGGCCCGACACCUACAUCGGAUCCGUGGAGACCGUCACGCAGCAAAUGUGGGUGUUCGAUGAGGAGCUGGGCCUCAACUGCAGGGACGUGACCUUCGUGCCCGGCCUGUACAAGAUCUUCGACGAGAUCCUGGUCAAUGCUGCGGACAACAAGCAGAGGGAUAAAAGCAUGUCCUGCAUCAAAGUUACAAUCGACCCAGAGAAUAACACCAUCAGUGUGUGGAACAAUGGGAAAGGCAUUCCAGUCGUUGAACAUAAAGUGGAAAAGGUCUAUGUGCCAGCACUCAUCUUUGGUCAGCUGCUAACAUCCAGCAACUAUGAUGAUGAUGAAAAGAAAGUCACAGGUGGGCGAAAUGGUUAUGGAGCCAAACUGUGCAACAUAUUCAGCACCAAAUUUACUGUGGAGACUGCGUGUCGUGAAUACAAAAAGUUGUUCAAGCAGACCUGGACAGACAACAUGGGGAAGGCCGGUGAAAUGAAGCUGAAGCAUUUUGAUGGAGAAGAUUACACCUGUGUCACCUUCCAACCUGAUCUGUCGAAAUUCAAAAUGACGACUCUCGACAAGGACAUUGUGGCUCUGAUGUCCCGAAGAGCGUAUGAUAUUGCUGGAUCCACAAAGGAUGUCAAAGUUUUCCUGAAUGGGAAGAGGCUGCCUGUGAAAGGAUUCCGCAGCUACGUGGACCUCUAUCUGAAGGACAAAGUGGAUGAGACUGGAAAUGCACUUAAGGUCAUUCAUGAGGAAGUGAAUUCCAGAUGGGAAGUGUGCUUGACUUUAAGUGAAAAAGGCUUCCAGCAAGUUAGCUUUGUCAACAGCAUUGCCACCACAAAGGGUGGCAGGCACGUUGAUUACGUAGCUGACCAGAUUGUGACUAAACUCAUUGAUGUUGUGAAAAAGAAGAACAAAAACGGAGUUGGAGUGAAACCGUUUCAGGUGAAGAACCACAUGUGGAUUUUUGUGAAUUCCUUGAUUGAAAACCCAACCUUUGACUCUCAGACUAAAGAGAACAUGACUCUGCAGGCAAAGAGCUUUGGCUCAACAUGUAAACUGAGUGAGAAAUUUAUCAAGGGUGCAGUUGGCUGUGGCAUUGUUGAAAGUAUCCUAAACUGGGUAAAAUUUAAAGCUCAGACCCAGCUGAAUAAGAAGUGUUCAGCUGUGAAGCACACCAAGAUUAAGGGCGUUCCUAAACUGGAUGAUGCCAAUGAUGCUGGCAGCAAGAAUUCAAUAGAUUGUACACUCAUCCUGACCGAGGGAGACUCAGCCAAAACGCUGGCUGUCUCUGGGUUAGGAGUGGUUGGUAGAGACAAGUAUGGAGUAUUUCCCCUUCGUGGGAAAAUGCUCAACGUCAGGGAAGCUUCUCAUAAGCAGAUAAUGGAAAAUGCUGAAAUCAACAACAUCAUCAAGAUUGUGGGUUUACAGUAUAAGAAGAAUUAUGAAGAUCGAGAAUCUUUAAAGAGUCUUCGCUAUGGGAAGAUCAUGAUCAUGACAGAUCAGGAUCAAGAUGGAUCUCAUAUCAAAGGUUUGCUGAUUAACUUCAUCCAUCACAACUGGCCUUCUCUUCUAAGACACAACUUCUUGGAGGAAUUUAUUACCCCCAUCAUAAAGGCCUCUAAAAACAAAGAAGAAAUUGCGUUCUAUAGCAUUCCUGAGUUUGAAGAAUGGAAAAACAGUACCCAGAACUACAACUCAUGGAAAAUCAAGUACUACAAAGGUUUGGGUACCAGCACAUCGAAGGAGGCUAAGGAAUACUUUGCAGAUAUGGCUAGACAUCGAAUUGGCUUCAAGUACUCUGGUCCUGAAGAUGAUGCUGCCAUCACCCUGGCCUUUAGUAAGAAGAAGGUAGAAGAGCGAAAGGAAUGGCUGACUAAUUUCAUGGAGGAUCGAAGACAGCGGAAGCUGCAAGGCCUGCCAGAGGACUAUCUGUAUGGGAAAGAUACUAAUUACCUGACAUACAACGACUUCAUCAACAAGGAGUUGGUCCUGUUCUCAAACUCAGAUAAUGAAAGAUCGAUCCCAUCUCUGGUUGAUGGUUUGAAGCCAGGCCAGAGGAAAGUUCUGUUCACGUGUUUCAAAAGAAACGACAAACGGGAGGUGAAGGUUGCUCAGCUGGCUGGUUCUGUAGCUGAGAUGUCCUCGUACCAUCAUGGUGAGGCAUCGCUGAUGAUGACCAUCAUAAACCUGGCUCAGAACUUUGUGGGCAGUAACAACCUCAACCUGCUGCAGCCCAUCGGUCAGUUUGGCACGAGGCUGCAUGGUGGGAAGGACUCUGCGAGCCCUCGAUACAUCUUCACAAUGCUAAGCCCACUGGCACGGCUGCUGUUCCCACCAGUGGAUGACAACGUCCUGAGGUUCCUCUAUGAUGACAACCAACGUGUGGAGCCGGAGUGGUACAUGCCUAUAAUUCCCAUGGUGCUGAUAAACGGGGCAGAAGGGAUUGGCACUGGCUGGUCCUGUAAGAUCCCCAACUUUGAUAUCAGGGAGACUGUGAAUAACAUCCGUCGUCUGCUGGAUGGAAACGAGCCUUUGCCAAUGCUUCCCAGCUACAAGAAUUUCAAAGGCACAAUAGAUGAGCUUGGACCUAACCAGUAUGUGAUAAGUGGUGAAGUGUCCAUCCUCGAUUCCACGACCAUUGAAAUCACUGAGCUGCCUGUCAGAACAUGGACACAGACCUACAAAGAGCAAGUUCUGGAGCCGAUGCUAAAUGGGACUGAGAAGACCCCCUCACUGAUCACAGACUAUAAGGAAUAUCACACUGACACCACGGUGAAGUUUGUGGUGAAGAUGAGCGAGGAAAAACUAGCUGAAGCUGAAGCAGUGGGGUUGCAUAAGGUUUUCAAACUCCAAACAAAUCUAACAUGCAACUCUAUGGUUCUUUUUGACCAUGUUGGCUUUCUCAAGAAGUACGAGUCUCCCCAGGAUAUCCUUAAAGAGUUCUUUGAACUCAGGCUCCGCUACUACAGUUUGAGGAAAGAAUGGCUUAUUGGGAUGCUGGGAGCCGAGUCUGCAAAGCUGAGCAACCAGGCUCGAUUCAUCCUGGAGAAAAUAGAUGGCAAAAUUGUGAUUGAAAACAAGCCCAAGAAAGAACUGAUUCAGGUUCUUAUCCAAAGAGGAUAUGAAUCGGAUCCAGUGAAGGCCUGGAAGGAAUUGCAAAACAAGGAGGAAGAAGAAGAAGGAGAUGAGAGUGACAAAGAAUCAGCUGCAGCUACUGGGCCAGAUUUCAACUAUCUUCUGAACAUGCCCCUUUGGUACCUGACUAAGGAGAAGAAGGAUGAGCUCUGCAAGCAGAGAGAUAACAAAGAAAAGGAGCUGGAAGACUUGAAGUGCAAGAGCCCCUCUGACCUGUGGAAAGAAGAUCUUGCUGCCUUUGUUGAAGAGCUUGAUGCAGUAGAAGCCAAGCAAAUGCAGGAUGAAAUGGCAGGGAUAACUGGCAAACCUUUAAAGGCAAAAGGAGGGAAACAAGGAGGGAAGCAGAAGGUGACAAAGGCACAGCUGACAGAAGUGAUGCCUUCACCUCAUGGCAUAAGGGUUGUUCCUCAGAUCACUGCAGAAAUGAAGGCGGAGGCAGAAAAGAGAACUAAAAGGAAGAUAAAGAGUGAAAAAAAUGAAUCUGAUGAGAAACAAGAAGGAAACUCAUCUGGGGAUAAGGAGCCCUCAAGCCUUAAGGAACGAUUAGCACAGAAGCGUAAAGCCGAGCAAGGCACCAAGAGGCAGACCACUCUCCCAUUUAAACCAAUAAAGAAAAUGAAGCGCAACCCUUGGUCUGACUCAGACUCUGACUCAGAGUCGGAUGAUUUCGAAGUGCCUUCUAAAAGAGAGCGAGUGGUUCGCCAGGCAGCAGCCAAAAUCAAACCCAUGGUCAAUUCAGACUCGGAUGCAGAUCUUAACAGCUCAGAUGAGGAGUCUGAGUAUCAGGGGAACAGUGAAAGCAACAGUGACUCAGAUACAAACUGGAAAAAGAAACCUCCCAAGCCCAAAGCUGCCCCAAAGGAAACCACAGAGAAAAAAGCUAAAGCUCCCAAGGAAAAGCCGCUGCCAGAUGCUGUCCCUGUUCGAGCCCAAGAUGUUGCUACUGAAAGUGUGAGUCAGGAUCCUGCAGCUCCUCCUGUCUCCGUGCCUCGCAGUCAGGCCGUGCCUAAGAAGCCUGCAGCAGCUAAGAAGGGCAGCACUGCCAAGGAUAACCAGCCGUCCAUCGUGGAUAUUCUCACCAAGAAGGCAGCACCAAAACCCCAAGGGGCAGCGCUGAGGGAGGAGCUCCCACCUUCCAAAGCCGCAGCCAAGAAGCCCGGUGCCCCCAGGGGGCGGAAGGCCGCCAAAAGGCUGUCGAGUUCUUCUGAUUCAGACUCAGAUUUCGGCUCAAAGCCUUCCAAAUCCAUUGCAGUAAAGAAACGCAAGCGGGACGUCGAUGACAGCUACGGCAUGGACCUGACUGCAGACAGAGCUGCAGCAGCUGCGCCCCGCAGCCGGCCUGGGCGCCUCAAAAAGCCCGUCCAGUACCUGGAGUCCUCUGAUGAGGAUGAUAUGUUCUGAGUUUUUAUGAAGUUUUAAACAGUUGGGUUACGGACUAGCAGUGAGCAGAGCUCAUGACAAACUUCAGCCAAGGAACUUCUCAGACUAGGAGUCUUUGCUAAUUUAACCUCAAAAGUCUUGGAUACAAGUGAAUACAGAAUAUUCUUCUAGCUUUAGGAUAAUUCAGACUUGUUUGUAAACAGGAGCACACACCUGCUGCCCUUUCUCCCAGCUAGUGCUGACCUGUUUCCCUUCUCCCUGUCAGCCAGCUGGAGGUCCUGGUAAGUCUUCUGACUCAUUACAGUCAUUUUAAUUGCAAGACAUAUUUGUGUAUCUCAAGUUCUAUAAGUUAUAUAGAUGUUCCCCUUUUUAGAUACCUUUAAAAUAAUAAAAUAUUUUAGCUUUUCACUCCACAACCAGAGACUUGACAUGUGCCCCAGUAGCUCCAUUUCUGCCAUGCUGACUUUUAGCCUUUGGCUUUUUAAAUCCAGCUUUGGUAAUGGAGGUCUGUGCAGGCUUGUCUCCACGCUCUGCUGUGGUGGCAGUUUUAUCUCCUGACCAGCUGCCAAGAAGCCCAGAGCUCAUCCUGGGCCAAGGGCUGCUGCUGCUGUGGAGGGAGCCCAGCAUGGCUGGGCAGGCAAGCGUUCCUCACCGAGUCUGUGUGCCGUCCAAAGGGAAGCAGGCUGUUAUUCCCACGCACACGCUGGAAAGCAGCAGGUCCCCGUGCUGGGCUUCUCUGCUGCCACUCAGCGCAGGGAAAGUUGUGCAGAGCAGCUCUGAGCAGCGUGGAGCUUCUCGUGCCAGUCUGUACCUGAGGACAGCGCUUCCUUCCCCUCCGCUCCGUGCUGUGGGACCUCAGCACAGCUCCUGUUUUGUGUUCCUCAGCAAAAGCAGGGGAGGGUUGGCUUCCUCUUCCCCUCAGCGGUACUUUACUGGAGUGGGGCUAGUUGUGCUUUGCUUCUCUGAGGGGCUGAGGGAUAUUUCUUAACUGUCUGUAAAUAUUUUGUGUUUUUCUAGUCGUAAUUGUCACUAAACUGUUCUCUGUCCUUUUAAAUAUUUACAUAAUAAAAGUUUUUCUACUCGA